AAGCAAGAAAAGUGGAUAAUAUAGAAGUGAAAAAGUGGGUUAAUAUAGAAAUAGAAAAAGUGGAUAAUAUAAAAGUGGGUAAUAAUAGAGAAGUGGGUAAUAUAGAGAUGGGAAAAGUGAGUAAUAUAGAAGUGAAUAAUAUAGAAAUGAGAAAAGUGAAUAAUAAAAGUGAAAAAGUGUAUAAAGUGGAUAAUAUAGAAAUGGAAGAAAUGGAAAUGGGAGAGGUGAGUAAUAUAGAAAUGGGAGAGGUGGAUAAUAUAGAAAUGGGAAAAGUGAAUAAUAUAGAAGUAGAUAAUAAUAGAGAAAUGGGUAAUAUAAAAACAGAAAAAGUAGAUAAUAGAAGUGGAAAAAAAAUGGGAGAAGUGGGUAAUAUAGAAAUGGGAGAGGUUGGUAAUAUAGAAAUAGAAGAACUUAAUAAAUAUGAUUUUAUUAUUACUAUUUUGGAACCUAAUACUCAAAAUUUAUCUGGUCCAAGAUAUCAAGUAACCUGUGGAUUAAAAAGUAGUGAAAUUUGCACAAGUUCUUCUAUGGCAAUUACAUCUCUAUACCAACAAAUUUUUAAUACAAAGACCAAAUUCUCAGGACUACUUGUAAUGGGUUUUGAUCAACAAGAUAUUGUAAAUCAAAUGUUAGAAAAUAUUCAAUUUCGACCUUUUGAAUUUUUUAUAGAAAAACUUAGAAUAAUAAUUAUUGAGAUUGUUUGGAUCAAAAUAGAUAAUAAGCCAAAAUAUAAUGCAAAUAGUUUAUUUGGUCUUGAAAAUAUUUACACACAAGAAUUAAUUAGACAAUUAAAGGUUCCUUCAUGCACAUUAGAAGAAUGGAAUGAUGAAUCUAUUUUACAAGAAAUUUUCAAAUAUCAUUUUAAAAAACAAAUGAAAUCAAAUAUUAAUUGGAUGGAAUUUAUUAGAUUAUGGAAAAACCAAAAAAGCGAGAUUAUUGAAUUACAAAGUAGUUUGAAACAAUUAUAUGGGUCAGAAUAUCAAAUAAAUUUGUGUGAAUUAUGUGCAUGGAAAUCAAUGUUACGACACAUGGGUUGCAAAGAAAUUACACCAUAUGAUAAAAAUCAAUCAGAG